AUGUCCCAGCAAUCACCCUCGGGAGAAGACCCCGUUCCAAAGAUGUGGUGGAUCAUGGUCGGUGGUAACAGCCUCGCAUCGUCCCCGACGUGGAACCGCCUCCUGUCUAUGGCGGACGAACGCAACAAGGUAAGGCGGGACGCAGAGAAGGAGAAGAUGGAUUUUCAAGAGGCUCAGAAGGCUGCGAAAGAGGAGCUUGAGAGGGCGAAGAAGACGUACAAGGAGACGUUUGGCGGCGGGGUGGCGGCUUGGAGGGAACGAAACCGCGGAGCGGAAGCCAAUGGGGACGGAGCCGGGACCGGGACUGGCCCAGAUCACGAGCACCGCACGGAAGAGACGACCACCCCCGAUGACGGUCCUGAGGCAGAUAGGUGA